AUGGCUACUUUAUGUAUUGGUUCAACUCAUAUUUAUCAUAAUUCUCUUUUAACUACUUCUCAAAGUCCUCGGCGUUUGGCAUGGACAUCAAUUACUGCUACUGCUGACACUCUUCGAGGCUCAGCAAACUAUCAGCCUUCUCAUUGGGACCACGAAUUCCUUCUUUCACUCAAAAAUAUAUAUGUGAGGGAAAAUAGUGUGAGACAUAGAGAUUUUCUAAGAGGAAAGGUGAGGAAGAUGCUUGAUGAGACGACGACUCGCCUUGAGAAACUUGAGCUAGUUGACAAAUUACAGAAGCUUGGGGUCUCAUAUCAUUUUGAGUGUAAAAUUGACAAGAUUUUAGCGGAUGUUUAUCAUAAUAAUGUAAGAGAUUGUGGCAAAGAAGAUUUACAUGCUACCGCACUCGAAUUUCGACUCCUUAGGGAACAUGGUUUCAAUGUCUCAGAAGGCAUAUUUGAUGUGUUCAUCAACAAAAUAGAAGACCGUACGUUCAAGAGUGGUGAUAUAAAAGGCCUCAUUUCUGUAUACGAAGCAUCCUAUCUCGCGACAAAGUUGGAUACUAAAUUGCAUAAAGUCAUUAGGCCUUAUGCAAACCAACAACUAAGAAAAAUCAUUGCUAGUCCUGAUCAUCAUAUUUACAAUACAGAUGCCCUUGAGAUGGCAGUCGAAGCACUAGAGAUGCCUUACCAUUGGAGAAUGAAAAGGCUAGAAACAAGAAGAUACAUAGAUGCGUACAACAAACAUGAUGUCUUGAUCGAAUUGGCCAAGAUCGACUUUAAUAUCGAGAAGAAGAUCCUAAUAUCAAAAGGAAAGAGGAAAAACAAAAAGGAAAACUAA